GGUAUUUAGAAAGAGCAAAAAGGUGAUUUUGUGAGAUUUUAGUGUGCAGCCAAUCAAAACUUGUUUAACAUACUCUCUCGCAUCAGUGAUUUAGGUAUUACAAUACAAUACCAAUUCUUUUCACUCACUGUGACAUAUGUAUUUGAAGCCUCCAAAGUUAGCGACGCGAUAUGCAGCGCUGGUUAUAUACACAUAGAAGGAAAACUUUCCGCAUUGUUUUGAAAGGUGUUACCAAACAACAGCCAGUUUUGUCAUUACUCGCACGAGCUAUGUCCAGUGAAUCCUACACCACCUUGAAUGUGACAAGGCCAAGAGAAUAUGUGGUUCAUGUGGAGAUGAAUAGGCCAGACAAAAGGAACGCUAUGAAUGGUGCUUUCUUUAGUGAAAUUGGUGCAUGUUUUCAAAAGUUAUCUGAUGACAGUGAUUGUAGGGUUGUGGUUUUGUCUGGAGCAGGAAAAAUAUUUACAGCAGGCUUAGAUUUGAUGGACCUUGGUAAUGUUAUUGCCAUUAGAGAAAGUGAGAAAACAGAUAUAGGAAGAAAAGCGGUACAGCUGCGUAAAUUUCUUACGAACUGGCAGGAAAAUUUUAGUCAAAUAGAAAAGUGUGGCAAACCUGUGAUUGCAGCCAUACAUAGUGCCUGUGUUGGUGGGGGUGUAGACCUAACAUCGGCUUGUGAUGUCAGAUACUGCUCCGAGGAUGCAUGGUUUCAAAUUAAAGAGAUAGACCUUGGUUUGGCUGCAGAUCUUGGAACUUUACAGAGAUUUCCUAAGGUUAUAGGCAAUGACAGUUAUGCAAGGGAACUCGCUUUUACAGCUAGGAAAUUUUAUGCAGAUGAGGCUAAACAGAUGGGAUUUGUGAGUCGUAUACUGCCUGACAAAGACUCACUGCUAGAUGCAGCCCUGGACAUGGCAGCUUUGAUAGCCAGUAAAAGUCCUAUAGCUGUUCAGGGAACCAAAGCAAGUAUGGUAUACUCAAGGGACCAUUCUGUUCAGGAAGGUUUAGAACAUAUUGGUAUCUGGAACCAGUCUAUGUUACAGAGUUCAGAUAUGACAGAUGCUGCUAUGGCACAAAUGCAGAAAAAAGAAGCCAAAUUCUCAAAACUGUGAUAAAACGUGACUGUGAAAUUUCAGCGAUUAUUGGAGCACAUCUGUGAUCAAUAUACUUCUUGAAGAAAUAUCGGAGACAAAUACUGUUAUAGCCAUUUGUACAGAAUGAUUUGCAUAUUGAUUCCGAAACGUGAAAUUUUCUUGCUUUCUAAAUGGGGAAAGUAAAGGACAGGGUUCAAAUUUAGACAAGCAUACAAGCUAAAUGCUAAUGGACUUUAAGAAUAGCUAGUAGGCUUGGAAUGUACUAGCUAAUUUCAGCUAGUCAGUAAUAUACCAAGUAAAUGUCUUCCAAGCUUUAAUAAAGUUUGUUCUGCAGGUAUACACUUUUCUGCAUGAAAGGAAUGUUAUCAUUUAUGUUUAUAAAUGAUAUUUCAUUGUUCAACAAAACUCUGAUAUAAUGCAUGAUUGCAGCUUGCAUCAAGUUAACAUGGAAGGAUUUGACUUUAGCUUGUAAGUGGAUGAAAAUGGCACUAGCUAUUUUAAGCUAAAAGAAUAUUAUUUUUUGUGAUUGGCUGUUUACAGAGAUCUAAUCAUUAAUCAGUAGGUUUUGGCCAGUAAAAUAAUAAUAAAGUAAUUAAGUAUUAUUGUUUAACAUUAGCUAGUAUCUUUUCAUUUUAGCUAGUAAACAAAAAGGGCACUAGCUACUUUUAGCUAGUAGAAAAUGUUGCUAAAUUUGAGCCCUGAAGGAUAUCCUGGUAGUAGAUUAUAUUGUCUUUUUCCGUAGGGAAAAGACAAGCCUCUCAGUCAUGUGCAUUGUAACAUUAUAAACUACAUGCAUUAUUUUAUUUAAAAAAAAUUGCAGUGGUUUGCAAUUAAAAACUAUCUUACAUGUUUUCUUGUGUCAGAAAGGUGUUUUCCCAGCCCAUAAGACAGAGUGAAUAAGAAACAUUGCUAGGCCUUGUUUUCUCAUUCCCCACUGUCCAUAGCUUUAAGAAAUUCUUUGCCUUCACAGGGAAUCAUGUAAGAUCUUUAUAAUGGAUGUGAAACGAUGAAAUGUCCAUUAAUUAGUAGAAAUCGCAGAUGCAAUAUGUCACUUAUUAUUUAAGUCACGGUCUGUAUAGGGAACAGGAAUGUAAAUCCUGACUGUGUUUUACUCAGGUAUUUGCAAAGAGCUAUAAAAAUAAAUAUUUUAUACUUC